AUGAUUUUAAAUAAUACUGAGUCAUCAGAAGUAGAAAAUAUUUCUAAUAUGUUUGCUACACAUUUUUCAUCAGUGUUUGAGAAAGAUAUAAAUAAUAGUAAUAGUUAUGUCUGUAACCUGCCAGCUGGGAUUGAAAUAUCCGACACAAUCAACCUCAUCCAAUUUACUCAAGAGGAAGUAGAGAAAAAGCUGAAAAAUUUAGAUAUUUAUAAAAGUGUAGGGCCGGACGAUAUACAUCCGUUGCUUCUAAAGAACUGUGCUGAUAUAUUAGCUGUACCAAUUGCCACUAUAUUUAACCAUUCACUUCAUUCAGGCAAAUUUCCUGAUAAAUGGAAAGAAGCUAGGGUUAUACCGUUACAUAAAGCUGGCAAAAAAGACUUAAUUACGAAUUAUCGACCAAUAUCCAUUUUAUCAGUAUUGUCUAAUCUAUUGGAACAGGCAUCUACAGAAAUAUAUUACUGUGGAUCAACAUGGGUUUAUGGCUAA